AUGGAGACUCCAAGUUCUUCAUUGCUUUCACUUGCUCUUGUUCUUCUCUUCUCAUUUGUCUUGGCAGCUUUAGCCGAUGUUCAUGAGAAUUUUCUCCAGUGCCUUACACUUCAAUAUUCUCAGAACACCACCCUAAUUUCCCAAGUCAUUUACACCCCAAACAACUCCUCAUAUUCAUCUGUCUUGCAGUUCUCCAUACAAAGCCCCAGAUUCCUGUCACUUGCCAUCCCAAAGCUUCUAGUCAUUAUUGCACCAUUGUAUGAAUCCUAUAUUCAAGUAGCCAUUAAUUGUUCAAGAAAACAUGGCAUGCAGAUUAGAGUUCGGAGCGGGGGUCAUGAUUAUGAGGGCCUUUCUUAUGUUUCUGAUGCCCCAUUUAUCAUUCUUGAUCUCAUAAAUCUUCGAUCCAUCAGUGUACAUGUGGCUAAUAGCACUGCGUGGGUCCAAGUUGGUGCUACUAUAAGAGAACUUUACUAUAGAAUUGCUGAGAAAAGAACUACUCUGGCUUUCCAGCUGGUGUUUGCCUUACUAGAAUCCAUGGGGGAGGAUCUGUUUUGGGCCAUUAGAGGAGGUAGUGACGCUAGCUUUGGAGUCAUUAUUGCAUGGAAAAUAAUGCUAGUUUCAGUUCCCUCCACUGUCACUGUAUUCACAGUUCGAAAGACCUUAGAACAAAAUGCAACACUGCUUGUCCUCCGAUGGCAGUACAUCGCGGACAAGUUAGAUGAAGACCUCCUCAUCAGAAUCAUCUUAAGAAGGGUGAAUUCCAGUGAAGAAGGGAAGAAAACAAUAGAAGCUUCAUUCAACUCCUUGUUCCUUGGUGGGGUUGAUGAGCUCCUUCCGCUGAUGCAGGAGAGCUUCCCAGAAUUAGGCUUGGUGAAAGAAGAUUGUAUCGAGAUGAGCUGGAUCGAAUCCAUCCUCUACUUUGCUGGAUUCCCAGGUGGGGCUUCCCUGGAUGGUUUGCUGGAUAGAACUCCUCUCACCCGAAGGUUUUUCAAAGCCAAAUCAGACUAUGUGAAGGAACCCAUUUCUGAAAUAGGGUUAGAGGGGAUAUGA